CCCUGCUCUCUCUCUAUCUCUCUCCGUUGAACACGUGUUUUGUGCGCUUUUCGCCGCUUAGCUCUAGUGGGCGACAGUCGUAGGGUCUAAUUGCGCCGCUUUCAUACCCCAAAGCUUAACGAAGCUCCACGGCAACCUCGGGCACCGCCCAAAAUGACUGAUCCCAAUUGGCGUCCUCGACGCGUGUCGAAAUCCUUCAUCUUAGGCCUCACCGAUAAACCUUUCAAGGACCCAAAGCCCCCUGUCCGAUCUCCCCAGCCCAGUGCCCUCGCCCAGAUGGUUACCACGCCUGGCGGUAUAUUGGAGUGGGCUGCCAGCGACGGCCGCAAAGGCAAGCUCACCGGCACUGGCAAGCAGCGACUCACCGCAACCAGCCUUGCGAAGGUACCAUCCGAGAAGCGAUCGGUGAAGGAUGCCCUCGGCGCGCAAGUCGGCGCGAAGAAAGCCGCAACAGAAAAGGCUGCAAGCAUCAAAGUGGUAAAAGCUGCAACGGAAAAGGCUGCCAGCAAUGCGGGCGACUUGUGGGGUGCCGCUGGAAUUUGGGACACCACUGCAGUCGCGGCAGAUGAUGACGGAAAGAAGGACGACAACGACAAGACAAGCUGUUGGACCGCCGAAGAGGACAAGAAGAUACUUGACUGGAGAAACGAGAACCCCAACGCCCCUUGGGCUUCAUUCGCGGAAGAGAUCGGAAAGCCCGUCUUCGAAUGCAAAGAGCGCUUCAAACAAGUCAAGCCUGCAGAUUGGAACCCAAAUGCGGCAAAGGGUGGUGGUGGAGGCGGUGGUAAUCAGAAGCCAGGCAGAAAGGACAAGAAACAGAACCAAGCCCAACCUCAAAAUCAAGGUAACAACAACACGGAACAGAGGCAACAGAAUCAAGGGAACAAAAAGGUAGAAGAGAAGAAAGACGGGCUUCCUAGUGGAGACCUAACAAAUCAAUGGGGUACUUCGAACGCGAACUGGGGCAAUAACACGGGUGGUACCGCUGAUGCAAUCGCUAACACGGAAUGGGGCGGCGGUAAUACUUUCGGCGACACCAACGGAGAUGCCAGCAAUAAUAAUGUUGGUUGGGGAACAGCUGGCGCUGGAGAAAACAAUGGUGGGACAAAUGCAAAUGCUGCCGCGUGGAAUGGUGGGGGAGUGAAUAACAACACUGGAGGAGGAGGUGAAGCUGCCUUCAAUGACAACGCCGGAGAUGGGACGUUCGGUGGAGGUGAUACAUGGGGCAACACUGAGAACCCUAGUGGUGGAGGUGUCGGUGGUUCCGGGAACGCUUGGGACACUCCUGCUAACGGCGGAGGGGACAUUACAGGAAAUAAUACAGGGUGGGGCAACACUACAAUCCCUAGUGGUGGAGGUGACGGCGGUGGCGCGAAUUCCUGGGAUACUCCUACUAACGGUGGAGGGAACACUACAGGAGGCGCCGCGGGAGGCGCUGCAGGAGGCUGGGGGACUAACAACGAUCAACCCAAGAACAACAAUAACGGCGGCGGCGGCGGCAACACUGGUAACACCUGGGAAACAUCAGCGCCCAAUACAUGGGGAACGCCUGCUCCCGCCAAAUCCGCAACCAGACCCAAUUCAAAGGCGCCCACGAAUAAGUCAGCCACACGCUCCCACCACUCCUAUCAUCCUUCCCAGCACAAUCCGCCGACCAACACCGCUCCCACAGCUCCAACCGCUACAGCAGCUCCUCUCGAGCUUGAAGUUAGGCCCGAUGACACCUUCUCUGCAGAUGACUUGAGGUUGAUUGCGCGGAUCUUACAGCAGGAUUGCUCAUUGGUGUGGAAUAGGGUCAGCUGGCGGUUUCAAGACAAGACGGGCAGGAAGUUACAUCCUGAUGUGUUUGAAAAGAAGAUUACCGGGCAUGUGCAUGGUAAGAAGAGUGAGAAGGGUAGCGGAAAGGGAAACUAG